UUACAGCUUCCUAUUUCCUUCAUAAGUCAACAAUGGCGGUGAUGAUGAUGAUGAUGAAAAUAAAGUUAAAAUAUUUCCUUUGAUUGAUUCAUUCCAUGGUUUAAACUGGAUGGGUUGCAAAUCCUCAAAACCAGCUCCAUUGGAGGAACCAACUCCCUCUAAUUCCUUACAUGAUACCUCUGCUUUUGCUUCUGAUACCCCUUUUUCAGAGAGCGAUAUAGAGUCUUUACAUAAGCUAUUUCAGAAACUGAGUGAUUCUGUAAUCAAAGAUGGCCAAAUACACAAGGAAGAACUUCGGCUUGCAAUUUUCAAGAAUGUCAAUGAAAGGAACCUCUUUUUGGACAGGAUUUUUUAUCUGUUUGAUGCUAACAAAAAUGGGAGAAUUGGGUUUGGGGAAUUUGUUAGGACACUGAGUGUCUUUCAUCCCAACACUCCAAAGGCAGUCAAGAUUGCACAUGCAUUUAAGCUGUAUGAUCUUAGACACACUGGCUUCAUUGAACGUGAAGAGCUGAGAGAGAUGGUGUUGGCUCUUCUAUCUGAAUCCGAUCUAGUUCUACCCGACGAUGUAGUUGAAAUGAUUGUCGACAAGGUAAAGAUGAGCCUACCGACUGUUCUGCUACUUCUUGUUCCCAAAACUUUAGUUUGCUUCAACUUGCUGCUCUGUUUGCAGACUUUUACUGAAGCAGAUGCAAAGGGUGAUGGUAAGAUUGAUGAGGAUGAGUGGAAAGCGUAUGUAGCACAAAAUCCUUCACUACUAAAGCAUAUGACUCUUCCAUAUUUGAUGUAUGUUUCAAGUCUUUCCUCUAGUUAUUUACUUCUUUUUCCUCUUCUUAAAGAGGGAGUUUUGAACCGUGUCUACAAUCUUUUGUUUUCUUUUGUUACUUGUGCUGUAUGUAUAGGAGGCUCUCUAUGAUGUCAUAAUAAAACAUUUGUUUUAUCAAUGGCAAACAUCAUAACUAUAAGUUCUAUUUGCUAACAGAGACAUGACACUGGCAUUUCCCAGCUUUGUGGACAGUGGAGUGAAUAGCUCUAAUCUUAAGGCUUGAUCUAUGAAGGUUCUCAAAAUCUUUGGCUUGACAGAUGGCUGUGGUAGUUUGUAACCAUUUCUUUUGCAUCGGUCGAAACCAGAUGGUUUACAAUCCUUUGCUCCAGUGAUCCUGCAAUUUGGUUUUCAUUCCCAAGCGCAUCUAAUUCAUCAGUCAGUUUUUGGUGAAGAUGAUAUCUCCAUUAGAAGUUCCAUGGAUGAGCUUCACCACUUCGGCUUGCUUCUGAAGAAGGGGGCACAAAAUGGCUCUCGGCUUCACAUCCGAGUCAUACUGUGUAUUUGUUAUCAAACCUUGGUUAAGGAACUACCAUAUAAUCUACAGAUUGUAAAAUGAUAAAUAAGUUACAACUGCAUAUUCACAAAUCUAAAAGAAAACUAAUUAGUUUUGCAGUA